ACAGUGGGGUAGAGGUGAUGUACGAUGAAAAGCACCAGAUGCUUACAGACUACAACGAGCUUAUAGAGGACUGGGAAAGGGAAAGGAAAGAGAGGGUGGAUGACGAGAAGGUUAUGGCAGAAAAUAUGAGGAAGAAGGCAACAGAGAGAUUAAGUGCAACCAAGAAGAGAAAAGAGAGUGGCGAAGGCAAGGGCGAAGAAGACCAGCCAAAGAGAAAGACACAGCGAAGUUUGGUGCAAUUAAUGGAGCAGAGCAUAGAAGUACGUAGUCAGGAAAGAGCAAGAGAGCUGGAACUCAGAGAAAAUGAAUUAAAGCAACAGCAGCAAUUCCAUGGCUUCCUGCUCCAGCAGCAACAACAGGCACAGCAGAUGCAACAGCAACAACAAGCAAUGAAUAUGGCCAUGAUGAAUGUCCUAACAGAGAUGCUGAAUGCUGUUAAAAAUGCAAGGACCUACUAUUUUUAACAGCAUCUCUGCAAUAAUGUCAUGUUUUUUUAAUGUUUCUUUUAUAAAUUUUAUUGAUAGUCAAUUGCUGACAUUUUAUAGCAGAGUUCAAGUACUUCUCUAUUGAACACUUCAGCAAUCUGCUUGGUGCCAAACUCUUUAUAGAGUAGAUUCUUUGGAAAAUAAAGUAAAAUCAUAUUUUCUACAAA